AUCAACGGCCAGAAGAUGGCUUGGUAAGUCGCAACGUCCUCUUUCUUGCGUCCCAGUCCUCCGACGUCACUCCUUCUUUUCGCUUCUUCUUCGUAUUUACCCUCGUCUACCACGAGACUCGCGACUCCUGUAUCCAUCGUUGAAACCCCGCAUCCUGCUUCCUAAUGGAACCUGAGCUGACGAUUUCUCUUUCCGCCCUUCAGCGAGCCAUGCAUCCGUGGUCACCGCUCCACCAAAUGCACCCAUGCGAAUGAACGUUUGAUGGUCCCUGUUCGAAAGCCCGGCAGACCUUUGAGCACUUGUCCUCAUCCCCCCGCCCGCGGUUGCGGCUGUGGUAGUGUAACGGCCGCCAUCCCGAGGAAGCAGAAAUGCGGCUGCGGUUCCAGCAACGCCGGAACGCCCGCAGAGUCACCCAGUGUCAUCAAGGCAGAAUCGCCUGCGAGCGACGCCCCGCCAAUGUCUCCGACCAAGGCAUCCGCUGCCUCCUUUCGCAUCCAAAAAUCCGCCCCCAAGGCGGCCAGUCGCAAGCAGUCGUUCGAUCCCGUGAACCUCGAGAGGAUGGAUGCCGCUAAUAUCAACAUAUUGCCGCCCUACGACAUGGCUCAAGCAAAUCACAUGCCACACGCCAACGGCGGCAUGCCGGGCAUGCCCACACCGAGAAACGGGAUGGAAUAUGGCGGUAUGACCAUGAUGGGCGGUGUUAACGGCGGGUUUCAUCAACCCAUCAUGUAUCCAAUGUUCCCACAGCAGAUGCCCGCGCCCAUGUUUCCCCCGGGACCCGCCAUGUCGAUGCCUCAGCCGAAUGCCGUGUCACCACCCGUCAAUACACCACAAACUGCGACAACGCCCGUUCCGAUGGCAGCGUCGAAUGGGGGAUCUUGUUGCUCAGGAAAAGCCAACGGGACGCCGAAGCCCGCCCCUCCGCCCUCGCUGACGAGCACCAGCACGGGUGGUUCAUGUUGCUCAGGGCCGAGCAAAGCCGAGGGGAACUCAACACAGCCUUCUAGUGUCAGCUCGAGCCCCAAGACGCAAGCGAAGCCAAAGACGGGUGGCUGUUGCUCUAGCAAGGCGCCUGCAAUAGACACAAAUGUACACCAUUUGUCGAACGGUCACAUGUCGCCGUCGAGCGCCAUAGCCAUGUCACCUUUCCAGACACCUACCGCCAUGCCCCAGGGCAUGUUCAACUCGUACUUUCAACCUACAAUUUUCACAUACCCGCCUCAAUACGGAUCUUGGAUGUCACCGCUGCAGCCUGCUCAGUGGAAGCAGCAGAUGGAGGCGCAGCAGUAUGGACAGCCAAUUCCGCAGCCGGCCGCGUACGGCAUGCCGAACUCGCUCUUUGCCCCAGAUGGCACAACUCCGAUGAUGCCCGAAUCAACAUCACACAUGUGUAGCUGUGGCGACGGCUGCCAGUGCGUGGGCUGCGCGGCUCACCCUUACAACGAUGCGACGCAAGACUACGUGCGAUCCGCAUACACCAGCAUGCUGGACGACUCUUACGGAAUGACGAAUGGCACGAACGGCACGAAUGGGCACUCGGAGACGGCGACGACCAACGGGACUGGCGCCCGUGGAAUCGAUGUACACACGAACGGCGAAAAUGGCGGUUCUCCUGCUGGUCCGCAAACACCUUCCGAUGCAGCCUCAGUGUUGAGUGAAGAGCAGGCACUGUCGGCGAACGACUUCUUCUUCGUGACAUAUCCGUUCAACGGUGACGGAUGCGCUGGCGAGACGUCCUCAUGCCCAUGCGGCGACGAUUGUCAGUGCCUCGGCUGUUCGAUACAUAACAAUUCGCCCAUACCCGAGUCAGGAUGAGGGGUGCUCGGGUGUGUCGAGCUGGGGUCCGUAGAGGAUUAGGUUUUGCGGGAUGUUUUACCCUCGACGAUGGAUAGGAGGGAGUCUUUUACAAGGUCGGCAAUGUUCAGCCGUUUCUCGAUUUGCAUAUGCGGUGUUUGGAACGAUACCCUCUACUAGCCGCAUCGUAAUACUGAAAUAACAAGUAUUUGCUCACAGAACGUUUGACUCGGUGAUUGAAUUCGAAUUAGUAACUAUUAAAGCCUUGCCUCGAGUACCUUGCACAGUG